GUGUUUAUUCUUCUUCAAUGAACUGUUUCGACGACUCAUACAUAAGUCACAACCUCCAUAGUUUUGACUUUACCCAUAACAUUGAUUACCUUGAUGAUGAUACCCACAUUCCCGAUGAAGUGUUGAUAAAAUGCUACAAGCAGAGUAAAUACGAUAUUUCCAUCAUAAUACCGUCCACAGCACCACUCCGGCUCCAAAACAUCGCCUGGAGACGGCUCUACAAGUCGUUGCGGAAGUUGCCGGAGGUGAGUCCACGCGUCAUCAACUGGCACAAGCAGCUCGACAUUAACUGGUGCUUUGGCCCUAGCUACAGCCACGAAGAUUUAAUUACUCCCCCAGAAAAGGUCGAGGUCAAAGCAGCUCCCAUCGGUAUUCCCGACGCCUAUCCCCUUUUGUAUACGGUAUCGAACUCGUCGUCUGAUACCUUGACUGACUCCGACUCACUUCUUCUGAAUUCCCCCACCUCCACCUGUCUGUCGCAUUCAAAUUUGUCGGUGUAUCACGGGAUGAAAAAGAAGCGAGUGAAGUUCAAUUUCAUAGUCAACUCGAGAGAAAUAAUCAAUGGGAUUUCGAUAGACUAUGAUUUUCUAGAUGACUCGAUUCUAAACGACUGACGAAGAAGGCUCUGGCCUUGAUGAUGCAAUGACAAUGACAAACGAUAUUAAUAAGGACAUAAUGCACAGCAUACAAACGAAAUAAUGAAUAUACUAUGUACCACAAUAUACUAUGUACCACGAUAUAACCUCAUAAGUGACACCAUUUCAGGUAAAGCAACAGACCAUCAGGUGUACCUCGGAACCGAAAGCCUUAUUGCCGAAACUCUGUUCCAUACAUAAUUAAUGUAUUGUUGCCGUAGUAAUCCAGCCCUGCCCCACCAUCAUCUUGCCUAUUGGGGAAGUGCGGAGCAGCCGAGGCACUAUUUUUUCCGCCUCUCUGUACGCCGGAAGUGCCAUCAUCCCAGUUACUAGCCUCCUGGCAGCCUCGUGCAGUUCAUAUAGUAGAGGUCCAGCUUCUGGAAUGCGCUUACUGUGUAUAACAUUUCUUGCUGUUGUAGUGAGAGCACAAUAAAAUGUCAGUGCUCAGAUGAUCAGAUAGCCCAGCCGCGUCAAUAUUAUCGGGUCAAUGGCACCCUAAACCUAACCCGCCGUAUACGACACUGCUUAAGUCCACGUGAGGAGAGUCACUGCGCAGUGGCUAUUUGCACAGUGGCUAUUUACAACCGCAAAUACCGCCUUGGCCCAAUAUUUUCUCUCCUAUCUCUCUAAUUGUGUGUGGCCA